AUGGAGAGGUCAAGGUCCUACUCAGAGAAGAGCAGCACCACAACCACCACCCCGGCCGGCGCUGUCACCGAGCUGAGGUGCUACAGUGCCUCCUACGUCACACCCAAGAAGGCAGCGGGCACCGCCAGCUGGCCUCCUUGCACCACGGCUUCUUCCUCGACGUCGGCGGCGGCGGCCGGCCCGAAGGCGAGGUCGUGGAGCGGCAGCUUCCGUAGCGCCCCGGCGGAGCUGCGGAGGAAGAGGAGGGUGGCCGGGUACAGGGUGUACGGCGUGGAGGGGAAGAUGAAGGUGUCGCUCAAGAACGGCGUGAGGUGGCUCAAGGGCAAGUGCACCCAGGUGGUGGACGGCUUUUGGUGA